UCGACGCAGCUGACGAUGUAAACAAGAAAAGACAGUCGAGGGCAACAGGGAUCAAAUAGGCCGGUGUCACCGCAAAUGAUAGCCACUAUAUGCUCAUAAACGGCUGACAUGGGGCUGCCUGUUACGAUUAAAGUAAAUUUCCGUGGGAACGUGAAGAGAUUUCUGGCUCAGGAUUUGGACAAACUGGAGUGGGAGUCCGUUGAAGCCUGGAUCAAAGCGUCUUUUGGGAUCAACCACUUUCAAGUCAAAUACUUUGAUGAGGAUAAUGAAGAGAUUUGUAUAAACAGUCAAGAUGAAUAUGAAGAAGCCAUCAAGAGUGCAGAGAAGCAGGGGAACCAGUUGCACAUGAACGUGUACAAGAUGAAGGGUCAGGCCUGUGGAGGCCCGCUGAAGACGGAGGUGAAGGAGCUGAAAGGAGACCUCCGGCCUGCUCCUCCGUAUCCAUCAAGGGUCAAAACGGUGGAUAAAGGCACACAGGUCACCCCGGAGCGAGAAGCUGUCACAGUAAAGGACAACAAGGGGAACAAGCCAGAAGAUGAACCACCUCCCAUGUGGUUUAGAUCGUACAUGGAGAAGUUUAAAGAUGAGGUAGUGAAAGAGGUGGUGGAAAGGAUGUGCAAUGACUUUUCUGGCCAGUGUUGUACCCACAAAUCACCAGAUGGGCCCCUUGAAGCCAGUGGCGGUCCUUUAGGGCCAGGGCCGGGCCCCUCCACCUCAAGUGGGUCCCUGGGCUACACCCCCAACUGCAGCAGCUGCAAAAAACUCACCUCUGAAGGGGCCUACAAGUGCAGUGUAUGCCCGUCCUGCAUCCUUUGUGAGAUGUGCAGACACAGCCAUGACCCCAGCCACAACCUCGUGAGAACCAAGACACCUCUCUCCAUCCCUGAGCAUGGCAUGUCGGGAGAGUUGAGGUUCCCAAGGCGAGGAGACAUGACUGUGCGCAAGGCCGAGCGACAGCGCCUCAAAGCUGAAAGGAGGCAGCUCAGAGCUGAAGUGAAGGAAAUCAAGAAGAAACUGAGACUGGAGAAGAGGGGGCUGCAGUGGAGUGGGCCCUCUACCUCAGGCAGAGCCAACCUGACAAACAUGGCCUCCACGUCCACGCAGGUCCCAGCCCUGUCCCCCCCUGCUGCCACAGAAACUGCCUCAGGUCCAGCCCCAGCCCAAGGUCCCGUCCCUGCCCUGGCCCCUGAUCCCCAGACCUCCAGUCCAGAGGGUCCCGGGGUCUCGAACACGUCCUUGGUUCCUACUAUGGCUGCCUUGUUUCUGGAUGAAAAUCUGCCGGACGGCACCCGUCUGGAGCCUGGUACCAAGUUCAUCAAAUACUGGAAGAUGAGGAACUCGGGCACUAUCAGCUGGACCUCAGAGACUAAGCUAGUGUUCAUGUGGGGAAACCUCGGCUUGGCGUCAGAGGAGAGGAAGGAGGUGCCGGUCCCCUUGCUGCUGCCGGGACAAGUGGGAGUGGUCAGUGUGGCCUUUGUGGCCCCCGUGAUGGAGGGGACGUACACCUCCCACUGGCGGCUGGCGCACUGCGGCUGCCAGUUUGGCCCCCGGGUCUGGUGCAGCAUCGUGGUCGACCUCGGUGACGGCCGGAACGCACCCGGGCAUCAGAGCAAACCACUGAAGGAGGAGGAGAGUCCAGUGGAGAAGGAGGAGGAUGUCAGGUCAAAGGACAGCGGCCCUGUCUUUCCUGUAGACCUGAACCACGAAGACUACUACUUCCCCUCCGUGGACCUGCUCACUGCACAGGAUCUACUGUCAUUUGAGCUGCUGGAUAUAAAUAUUGUGCAAGAGUUGGAGAAGGUUCCGAACAACACUCCUGUUGAUUUGACUCCCUGCAUAUCUCCUCUGCCCCAUGAUCCACCAGUGUUGGAGGAGCCCGUACAUUUCCAGAUUAAAGAAGACGCAGAGGUCACAGGGGUCAGAAAGCUUUUUGCAGUAAGACUGAGGCAGCAGAAGGAGCAGCUGGAGCCUUUGGUCCAGGAGGAGGACCGGGAGGAGGAGAUCAGUGGAGCCCAGUUCCUCUGUGAGACUGUCAUCCGCUCCCUCACCUUAGAGGAGGCCCCUGAUCACAGACCCCUGCGUAGGGCCCAGCACAGCAGCCACAAACCUCAAGUUGUGUCGCGGGGCACCAGCUUUUGCUUGGAGAGGGUUGUAGAGGCUGAGCAGACGACAGAGACAGUGCAGGAGGGAAGUGAGGAGAUCUGUGCUGUUAGACUGGAGAGUUCAGCUCUGCCUGUCAACACAGGCCUCAACCAGAUCACAGAGGAAGAGGAGACCAGACCAGUUUUGCUGGAACCAGCAAAUGAAAACCUGCAUACGAGUUCACAUCAUGAUAUCGAGAACGAAGAAGUCAUUGAUGACAUGCAGAACAUGGCAGAAAUUCAAGAGGAGAAAGAGGAGGGUGGAACUAAAGGAGAAGACUGGGAGGAGGUCAGCAGUCAGACCUCCUCAGUCUCCUCCUGCGACGAUUACAUCAUCGUCCUCCCAGACUGCUUUGACACCAGCCGGCCUCUGGGGGAGUCCAUGUACAGCUCCGCCAUGUCGCAGCCGGACCCCGCCCCCCCCGCUGCUGCUGCUGAUGAUGUGACCCCAGCCGAUCCGGACGCACUGCAGGAGGAAGAGGAAGAGGAAGACUCCAACUCGGAGCCGGAUGACGUGGCCCCGCUGAGAGAGAGGCAGGAGGCGGUGGAUGCAGAGGAUUUGUCUGUGAACACGUGGCCCCCACCCGUCCCCGUCCCCCACAGCAGUGUGAACCAGAUGCUGUGCGCCUCCCAAACCCUGGACGCCGUGACGCUCACGCCUGUAGUGGUGCCUCCACCAGUGCUGCCUGACCCCCUGCUGCCCCCCCCCACACUCUACUCACCCAGGUCUGAGGCACUGUACCUGGCCGAGGAUCCCAGUCCUCCAGCCUGUGAUCCAUAUGAGCCACAUCAACCGAGGGUCCACCUAAAUGUAUCAUCUGGUCUGUCGAGAUCAGCAGGCUCAGCAUCCAGUGCCUUUGAGACAUACAACCCCAGACCCAGCAACGCUUUGCAGCCAAGGUGCAAUACAACAAAGAGGGCCAAGGAGGCAUCACCGAGGGACUUGUCAAAGGGGCCCUCUCUGUGGCAGCGUCCGCUUAUAAAGCUCUCUUCACAGGACCAAACUGCUCAAUACAGCGAGGCAUCGACCCGGCCACCCGGCAGGACCCUUCCCUGAUGGCCAUGCUGCUGGAGAUGGGCUUCAGAGACCAGCGGCUCAACCAGCGGCUGCUGAGGAAGCACGGCUACAGCCUGCUGCACACCGUCAACGAGCUGGUGCAGAUCGCCGAGGACAACCAGAGCAAAGCUGUCAAUGCUCCGCACUGAGCCAGGGAAACGCUACUCUAAAAAGAAAUGUAUUUGACUUUUAAACAUUACUUCAAGAGAAUAUUAAGAUUAUGACCUGCGUAUACAUCACCCUUUCCAGUGUCUAGUUUGUUUUAAAUUAUGUAAAGAAAGAUGUUUAUGAUUCGUGCAAUUCAAUACUUUUCCAAAGGGUGGAUGGUUAUUUAGGAACUAAUAUUAGCGAUAAUAAGACGGCAAAGUCUCUAAAGAGGAUUUAUUUCUUGGACUUGUUCAGAGAGAAAAUAGAUAUUGGCUUUUUCUGCCAUUGCCUUUUGAUUUAGCUUAAACAUUUUGACAAAAUUAACCAUAUCUACGCUUUCUUACAAAUAGUGGUUAGCCUUUGCCAUGCCUUGUGUACCUGGUGAAAGGGGAGGAGCUGUAGCUUCGACAGGCAAAAAGUGCGUAUUCCCGCUCUUCAUAUUUAGUGUUCGUAUGGCUGUUGUUGCUGCUUCCUCGGCGCUGAAAAAUAAGUAUUUUGACAGGGCUUGGCUAGAUUCCUCUCACAAAUAGAGCUAGGAAAAUGAAUACUGUUGAAUGUCAUUAAAGAUAGAAAGAGACAGCUCUCAUGUGUGCUACUGAAGCUAACGUAGCUAACGAUAUCUGGGUGGUAAGGGUCAGCAGUGCAGAAAUGAGAAUAUUUAAACUUUUCCCGAUUAUCGUAGUGAACUCUGCCUAAACAAUGCAAUCUUCUUUCUGUAUCAGAGUACUGUUAUUUUAGACGUUGACAUGUGGAAUGUAUACUUAAACUGUCCGAAACUGACUCGGAUGUUUUCUAUCGCUUUUUAGGAGACACCUGCAUGACAGGUAGAGGCUUUAGAGAUGUGUUUUCUCGUGGUCUUAGCACAGUCACGGUAGAAAGUGUCCGCUUCCUACAUCCUGCCUGCAUCUUCUCUAUUCGCAUAUCCAGCUGAAACAGUCAUUUAACACUUACUUAAACCCGAGAUGUCUCUAACAACACAUUCCUCACUCUCAUAGUGGAACAAAGUAUAUCUUAUUUCCUUACAUUGCCUUUAUAAAAACAUGAUUAUUAGUUUACUGAAAUAUACAUGUGGUGAUUUGUGGUGUGAGUGUGCAGAUUUAAGUUGAUGUCUGUUAUUUUGAAUCCUGUGUGGGUGCUUGAGGAUUUUCUUUUGUUGAUCACCCACCUUUAAAAAAAAAAAUCAUGCUCUGAAGAAUAAUUCUGAAUAUAUCUACUAUGCUUGUCAACUUAUUCCUCUGUCACAGAGUGUAUACAUUAAAUAUCCUUCUACUCUCAAUCCGCCAAUAAAAUAUUUGCACAUCUC